UGGAUACAGUAUCGUCGUCGUCGCCAAGCGCAAAACAGCAGAAAUUAUCAUGCUUCCAUCCAUCCGUCCAUCGUUCGCCUUGAUUGCUGUCGUCUUGCUGGCUUUGUUGGCCGUCGAGAUUCCGGCCCGUGUGGUCGAAGAUGUCGUCAUCGAUCCAUCGAUGGUCUCCGCCAUCGCUGAGCCAAUGGUCCGCCAGGCCAGGCAGCAAUCGACAGCCACCGUCACCGUCCUCAAAACCACGACCCUCUCGUCCGUCACGACCACCGUCCUGACCACCAAGAAAAUCUGCGGCAUCAUAGCUUCCGUCUCGGCUGGCACGGUCAACCCUGGUGGCAUUGUCACAUUUACCAACGCUCCGGCUGCAGCCUGCAGCCGCCGGAGGCGUCAGUAUUGGGACCAGCCCGUCUUUGUAGCCCUCAAGAACGACGACGACACCAGCUUGCAGUACUUCCGAUUGAAUCCCACCCAAGUUUUGAAUUUCGAGCCGACGUUGUUGCCACAAUUCCGCAACACCCACAGCCCGAGCGUUCAACUGGUAAAGGAAUCAUCCUUCAUUCUUCCGUCGUUCGACAAGCCGUCGGAUAACGUCCGCGUGGCCAGCCCACUAUUCGGGAUCAGCAGUCUCAUCUCUUCCAUCGUGUCUGGCAUUUUGACGACGACAACCACCACGACGUCGACCAUCACCGCUUAUACGUCCACUUCUGUAUCCACGUCGUUCACAGGCACCGCCAGCUAUUACGUCGUCGGAGCUUGUUAUCCGGCUGGCCUCACCACUUGCUAAUAGAUUUGACCGAUAAGCCCGCGCUCUGGUGUCAUUGACCGCGGUUCAAGAAUUAUAUCCACGACUCUCACGAUUAAAAUUAUGCCAUUUUGUGUCGACUAUAUAUUUAAAAAUAGAACAAGCCUAUAGGCAAUUGUUGUAGGUCCCAUCAGUUUUUUUGUUUUAGAUUAUGCAUACGAUCCUUCAAUACAAGACCCCUAUCGUAAUUCAAACUGUCAUUUUAUUAACUAGAGUGUGUUGUCUUAUUUUCUUUUGGUAUCCCCUGAGGGGUUUUAUUGUAUUUUGUUUAAUUUUGAUACUGGUAGAGCUCAUAGUAUGACUUUUAAGAAGAGUUUGAUACAAAAAUAAACACGAUCCAUCAAGCGGAUGUCGUGAACGGGAGGCCGAACCGCUUUUUUUUUUGUUAGGAUCGGUUUGAGUAUCGAUUUCUAAUAUUUGUUUUUACAUCGAUUCAUCAAAAGAUAAUGUCGUCUGCUAUGUAACUUGUCAGCACUUGUCAGUUGUUGUCACCAUUUCGUGUUAUCACUUAUUACAUUUUACGAAAUUUGACACGUUAAAAUGAGAUGAAGUUUUCGAACAGGUGCAAAACGAAAGGUUUUCGGAAGAGAAGAGUACGGUGACAAUUUCAGCAACAGUAUGAACAGAGCACUCAUCUUUACCUAAUGAAGAAACCUGGCGGGUGCAUGGCGUUUCCAUCACGAAUCCAUCGGAGGCACAUCAUCGCCAUCUUUUUCCUGUGGUCCUUAUUGGCAAUUUUCUUCCAUCAUUACAAUUCCGGCGGAUCGAAGAGGGAAAAAAUUCGCAAAGGGGACGGCAUGUGUCCCCCAGUUUCCCCACUGUUAAACGGUUGGACGGACGUUUCCAAUUACACCAGGAACGCUUUGAGUUAUUCCGGACGAUCGCCGCUACAAGUUGGCGGGAGUUACCAGCCUGUCGAGUGCCGAACGAAUCGCAAACUUGCCGUCGUUGUUCCUUACAGGAACCGGAAUUCCCAGUUGGAUAUUUUUCUUCAUUACCUACAUCCGUUUCUUCAGCGCCAGCAGCUCGACUACACCAUCUUCGUCGUAGAACAAACUGGAAAACUAACGAAUCCCUUCAAUCGGGGUAUGCUGAUGAACAUUGGCUUCACCGAGGCUCUCCGUCUGCGAUCGUUUGAUUGUUUCGUCUUCCACGACGUGGAUUUAUUGCCGGAAGACGACCGCAAUUCUUACACUUGUCCGGAAGUCGGAGAACCUCGUCACUUAUCCGUCGCCAUCAACACAUUCGGUUACAGACCUAUCGGUCCGAAUCAUUUUGGCGGAGUUAGUUCACUCACUACGGUCGAUUUCGUGGCGGUCAAUGGAUUUUCCAACAGGUUCUGGGGUUGGGGUGGCGAGGACGACGAUCUUUACGACCGUCUUCGUUCGAAAAAUCUGACGGUCCGUCGCCACCGUCCGUUGCGUCAGACGCGCUACACAAUGCUUCCGCACGACACGGCGAAGCCCAAUCCCGACCGGAAGAGAAUUCUUCAAGAAAAUCAAUUUAACGUCUCUAGAGCGAUGAUGGCCGAUGGUUUAAUUACUUUAAAGUACCGGAUUCUCAAUUUGCAAUUCAAAUCUCUUAGCACCCACAUUUUCGUCGAAAUUGAACGAUAAAAUUCAAUUAAUUUAGAAUUAAAAUGUCAACACUACCUUUCUAGUUAUGGCGACUCGCUGACCAUUUUAUCGUUCUAAUUAAAUCUAUCAGCCUCUCGUGAAUGGAUUGCUUCCAAACGGAGGAAUGUAUUAGCACAAACUCGCGAUAUCACGGCAAUUAAACAGUUAUUGAUCAUCUA